AUGAAGGCGUGCACCUCCCUGCUGCUGCUGCUCCUGCUGCUGGGAGCUGCGCUCGAGGCCACCGCUAAGAGCCUCGUGCUGGCCGGCGGCGGGAUUAGCGAUGACAACGUGGCUGUGUACGGCUCCAUCGUGGAUUUGGCGGGCGGAGUUGGCGUCGCUCGCAUCGGCAUAGUCGUGGCGGCGUCAGGCGACCCCGCGGACAGCGCGUCGUUCUACACGGACCUGUUCGUGCGCGUCUAUGGGGCCCGGGAGGCCGUCGUGAUCCCCAUCGACCUGGGCCAGCUCCACAACAACGAGGACCCCGCCGUCGUGGCCCUCAUCCAGGGCCUCGGCGGAUUCUUCUUCGGCGGCGGAGACCAGGCGCGCGUCAUCGAAGCGCGAGGAGAAGAGGGAGUGGGGGAUCACAAGCCACCACGCAUUGGGGACCCUCUCCCUCCCUCCCUGCAUCUUCGCCCCUCCCUCUCAAUCCACCCUCCCCCCCCCAACCCCCCCCCUCCCUGCAGUUUCUUCCACAACCAGGGAGGCGUGCGGGUUGAGUCCUCGGCCCUGCGCGCCAUCAAGGCGGCCCACGAUGCCGGGGCCGUGGUGGCCGGCUCCAGCGCGGGGACCGCCUGCCAGGGCUCUGCCGUCAUGAUCAACGGCGGACGCAGCUACGAGGCCGUCGUGUACGGCUCCUACUCGUCGGCGCAGAGCAACGCCGACAAGCUCGUCUACGACCCCAAGGGCGGCCUGGGCACCAUCCACGGGGUGGUCGUCGACUCGCACUUCAGUGAGAGGGGCCGGGAGGGCCGCCUGGCGCGCCUGCUGUGGGACACGAGGGACCAGCCGCACGGAGCGGCACGCGGCAUCGGCGUGGACGAGGACACGGCGCUCGUCAUCACCGCCAUGGACACGGAGCCACGUGCCAAGGUGGUUGGAAAAUUCGGCGUCCUCUUCAUGGACCUGUCCGGCGCAUGGGACGACACCGCCUCGGCCAGGUGGCACCUGCGCAACGUGCGCACCCACUACCUAACGGAGGACGACUCCAUCGACAUGGUCAGCUGGAGGGUCACCUUCGCCUCCUGGAAGUCGGCGACGGGCGGGCGCGAGGACUACGACUACGCGGUGACGUCCGCCGACGUGUUCGGCGCCAGGCAGUUUGCCCGUGUGGCCACGAACCUCUUCAACUCGAGGUACUCCAAGGAGGCCACGGGGAGCACCAAGGAGAAGAAGCCCCAGUACGAGGUGCGCAUGAGCAAGGAGUUGGGCGCGGGCGCCAAGGGGAGGUCUCCUGUCGACGGAUACUUCAUGGUGUCCUACCGUGACCUCCUGCUCGAGAUGUACGAGGUUGUGAACUGAGCGGCGGCGGCGGCAGCGGUCGCGCUGCGUGGAGGUGGUUGGGUGAUUGAUGCGCAAUGAUGACGACGGUGAUGACGACGGUGCUGAUGAUGCUGAUGACGAUGGUGACGAUGGGACAAACUUGUACCUCCACAUUCAACAGUCACCUUGGCUCACUGAGUUUCCGCUCUGCACUCAAAACUCACUUGUUGUUUACUAGCUGACCUCAUGCCCCCUCCCCCACCCCCCUUAAUCCCCCCGCUCAUGACCACCACCGUUACUUUUCACCUCUUCAUAUUCUCAUGAUAUGGCCAUCACUCAUUAAUCCCAUUCAUUAAAAUCCAUUCAUCAUCAUCGAAUCUGAUCGAAUUUCGCUUUCACCGAAUUCACACAUUACAGAUUUCCCCAUUGCUUCCUCUCACCUAUUGCAUUCACCUCAUCUCCUCCAUUACCAUCCAUAUGUACCGUUGUUAAAUCUGUGUAAAGCGCCUCGGUUAAGGCGCUACAUUCAUUAUUUUGAGAUAUAAUGAUGAUGAUGCUGAUGAUGAUGAUGCGUCUCCGGCUCGUGCCACACGUUGACAUCGGGCGCGAUGUCUGACGUUUCGCUCCUCGUGCUGCUUGGUAAGCUUCCUCGCCACCAAAUCGUGCUUGGCCGGAUUGGUUAAGUCCGGCGAGACCUUCAGGAACUGGACCGAAGAGGCUCCUAGCAGCACAUGAUGUGAAACGUCGGACAUUGGACACAUGCCAACGAAGCCGCACAUCAGCGCAACUGCAAACACUGGCGCGGGAAGCGAGCUACGGGGACGGCUGAUGAUUACCAAUAAAAGUGAACCAU